UGGCGUCGGAGCGGGCUGGGUGGCGCUGCUCCAGUGCUGCGGGCGGUCGCGGCGCCCCGGCGGCACCAUGCUCGGCGUGGUGCACUUCCUUCGGAGCUUCUUCAAGACUGCAGAGGCAGGUGAAGGUGAACCUGAAGAUAGCCAGCCCUGCCCACCCCCUGCAGACCCAGAGGAGCAGGACUGGUCUCAGGAAACAGACCUUGACAAUUUUGAGACAUUAUCUCAUCAAAGUGAAAGUCGAUCAGACACAAAGACAGACCCCUUCGAAAGUGUCUCUGAUACAGAGUCCCUGCCAGAGGACCCCACUGGGGGACUCUGCUUCUCUCGAAAUGGCCCCUCUAUAGACAGAGAAGCAAGUUGGGAAUGCCCUGAUGGUCCAGCAACAAGACUUCCUCAAGAGCACAAUUUGACCUGUGUCCUUGCCCUUGAUACAAAGAAAGAGCUAGACUUGUUCCCUAGCUUGAAGGAAAAGUCUUCGCAAAAUGAUUUGCACACCUUGGCUGCCACUGCUGGAAAAGAAGAUGAAAAAUCACUCUGUGACUGCGAGACCAACUUGGGAAGGGAGUCUGUACCAGUGGACAGGUACUUCUCACAGGGCAUCCCUGGUGGCAGCAGCUACCAGCUUCAGAAAGCCAGGUCCGGGGGAUAUCUGGACAUCCCUACGGCCUGGCCCUGCUUUCUCCAACACUGCAAAUUAGGAAAGAGCUGGCCACAUAUACACAGCAGGGCUAAGGUACCAGUGAUAAGGACAAAGAGAGGUCCCAGCCCAGACCCUAUACAGGACAUAGACUUGCCCUGCUUGGAUGUAGCCUGCCCACCUCAAUCAGGCACACCUUGCCACUUAGACACCAAGUGUCACUGUAGUGCUCCAGAAAAUCUUGAUUGCAAUGGAAGGGUGCCCCCAAGGCACCCCUGUGGGGCCAUGAGGACUCUGGUCAAGGCCCAUUCCAUAUCAGGGUUUCCUUUGGGUUGUCCUAAGGAGUUCAUGAGGCACAACUGUGGGACAUUUGUGUCCUACUUGAGGGAAGGAACAGAAAUAGCACCUGAUCCAAAAAUACACAGCACCCUCACCCCUGCACCCACCCAGUGGUCUUGUUUACUUCCGGCUUCUCAAAGCAAACAUCCUCCUUUGCAGGGUGAGCACAAGCCAGGUGGUUGUAGCUUUAAAAGGGCCUCUCAGGACACACCCUGUGUGGGUCUCCCACUGGAAAACCAGGUGGAACAGGCUUCUAGGUCAUGCCCAGACCCUUCCCGCCUUACUUCAGAAUUGUUGAAGCUCGGCAGCCAAGAGGAAGUGCCUGAGAGAGCUGAAUGCAAGCCAGGGCACAGUGCAGAAGGCAGAGCUGAGGAGCUCCGAGGUACCCGCCCUGCUCUUGCCCGCGGUAAACAAAAGUGCCUGCAAAACAUUUCUGCCUGGGCAGGAAACCAGACCAGGGCUUAUACAUCAAAGUAUAUUCCCAGUGGGAAGAAAAAGCUAUCUAAUGGGGCCCGCUCUCCACGCUGCUGUGGUUGUGCUGAGACUCUGUCGUGGGACAGAAGCCCAGGAGAUGGCGGGGAAGUGAGUGAUGGCACCUAUGUCCCAGAGACCACCCUAAAAUCAUGCAUAACAGAUCCUUGGAAAACAGCAGAAGAGGCAACGGUUCUAGAUCUCAAACGCAGGGGAAAUGCCCUGCAGUGUCUUUCAGAAUCCCCAAUGGCCGGGUUAUCUGAGUGUGCACAGGGGACUGGAGAUAGUGUGGAACCUUUGAACGCUGGACUGCAGCAGGAGCUCAAAGCACGUGGAGCCUCUAGGCCCAGUUGUACACACAUCAUUAUACCAGUGGAGCAGAAAGGCCAGCAGGCUACCGCGAGGAAGGCCUGCUGUCCUCUAGAGUCACAGUCUGGUGACUUGCGGGAGGAAAGAUACAGAUCUCCACAGGGCACAGAUGCCACGGCUUGUGAGUCUCCCAGGGCCUCAGAAAUGCCAGUAUGUGGCAGCGAGUGUGAGAAGCUAGCAUGUCCCGCAGCCGGAGACUGGGAUCCUCAGCUGCAGGCCAAAGGUGUGGAGCUUGGGAGAGUUAUGGUCUCUAGGGCUGCUUUUGAUGACACCCUGAGCUCAGAGGAGACGCUGGAGGACAAAUUGCUUGGGGAGGGCUCGUGCCUGGAGUCUGCUAGGAACAUCCACUCAGGGAGGAGCCAGGAGCCUCCCAGCUGGGAAUGCAAAGGAUUGUGUGGCCCAGAGGGUGUGGAGGACUCAGAAAUCUGGGGUUCACCAGCAAGUGAGGUCCCCCAGGGCUCUGCUGCAGGAGUCCUGGCUUCUGUCCAGGUGGCCACGUUCCCCAGACCACGCCGCCGGCUUCAGCACGAUGCACAGGAGCGUGAGCAGUGUCCUGCCUUUCUCCAGGUGACCCCUUUAAGGACUGGCAGGCCCUGGCCUGUGAAGGGCCACACAGGGGGCAUGUCCAGUGACCAGGCCUUGACCUCAGAGGGCCUGUACCAGGGUUGUUCCGGGCCCGAGGAAGGAGCCCAGAGCCCCUGGGCUGUGACCUCACGGGUGGAGCCACCUCAGCUUGUGCACCACCUGUCUCCUGAGACCCACAGUGGAAACCAAGAAGAGCACGCAAUUACAUCAGGGGACCUUAGUAGCAAAGGACUUUCCCCAGAAACCUGCAACGCCAAGAGACUCAAACCAACAGAAAGCAAGCUCAGGGCAAGGCUAGCCUUAGCUCAUAAGACCUUUUCCAGUUUUUUUGAGGUCAAAGCUGUAGAAAAAGUGAAUGCUGGCUCUGUCAAGGGGGAGAAAGAGAAGAACAAGCAACGCCAGAGCUCCUGGCGAGCAUUUCUGAGAAGCAAGGACGUGGAAGGCUCCAAAAGGCCUUCCUUAGUGAGUGAGCUUCCAGGCCCGGAAGUUCCGGAGGCCCUCUUCAAUUCCCCACCAGCAACCAGCAGCCACUGUGAAGAGUGCGCAGUGGACACAGAGAGCGGUGUGUGUGGAGAGCCCCGGACUCUUGUCCGGCCUCUUGCAGCUCUGUCCUCCAGCAGUUUUGUUUCUCCGGAACACAGGAGGAAAAGUGAACCGACCAUAAAACGUACCACUGCCCAGGAAGGCAGCGGGUACCCCUCUUCUGGGGCCUUCCCUGAGCCGUCCUGGCUGACCUCCCCCUCCAGCCUUGGAGCCCAGAAGACUGGCAUAAGUUGCACCCUCCCCUGCAGCUCUGCCUGCUGCCUGGCCUAUGAAAACCAAGGCAUGCCCUGCAGACCCACAAGCCCCAAGCCGCAGAGUCCCAUGGCUCGGGCACAGAGGGCUGAUCUCUGCCUGCGAGGCAGGACUAAUGCUGUCUCCAUGGUUUCUCUUGGAAGCUACAGGGAAGUGGACAGAUGUCCAGAGGCGGCAGAAAGACCCAAGAUGCCCAAGGCCAGGACAAGCCUUUUACUUUCUCUCCAAACACUAAACCAGAAAGAUGACAGCAGGAGCACAGGCCAGUGUCAACAGGGCCUCAGCACGGCACCCUCCCUUAGGGACCUUCCUGGGAGUGAGAGCCACAUCUCCUGGGAAAAACUAACAGACAAGAAGCUCAGUUGUUCCCACAAUCAGAAAGUUUCUCACACAGAGCCUGUUCAGAGGCCACUGCCCACCACCGAAAUGAUGGCAUGGCUCCUACCCACCAUCUGCACAGAAGUCCCUGGAGAGGCCCCUUCACAGCCCAGGCAGGGCCCUCAUCACUCACACUUCAGCUUGGAUGACCUGUGGCUAGAGAAGACUCAGAGGAGGAAGCUGGAGAAACAGGCACAGCUUAGAGGGAAGAUGUGCACAGGGAUGGCGCACAUGAACCAAGCCCAGGGCUGGAGGAAGACAAUAGUCACCUCUCCAGAGUCUCUGCACCUCCCUAGAAGAAGCCACCUGCUCUCCCAGAGUGCCCCAGUGGGACUGAACUACACAGGCUGUCCAGAGCCCAUGCCUGAUACUGGGAUGCCUGAUGGAGUUCUGGACACUGGCAUGUGUGCGGACGAGACAGGCAGUGAGGAAGAUUUAUAUGAGGACCUUCACAGCUCCAGUCACCACUACAGCCACCCUGGAGGGGGUGGAGAACAACUGGCCAUCAAUGAGCUCAUCAGUGAUGGCAGUGUGGUCUGUGCUGAAGCCCUCUGGGACCAUGUCACCAUGGACGACCAGGAGCUGGGCUUCAAAGCUGGGGAUGUCAUCGAAGUGAUGGAUGCCACCAACAGAGAAUGGUGGUGGGGCCGAGUGUCAGAUGGCGAGGGGUGGUUCCCAGCCAGCUUUGUGCGGCUGCGGGUGAACCAGGAUGAACCCGCGGACGAUGAGGCCCCGCGGGCCGGGGCUGGGGAGGCCCAGAACAGCGUGGCGGAGGCUCCGAGCAGCAAGGACCAGAUGCGCACCAACGUCAUCAACGAGAUCCUCAGCACCGAGAGGGACUACAUCAAGCACCUUCGGGACAUCUGUGAGGGCUAUGUCCGCCAGUGCCGCAAGCGUUCGGACAUGUUCAGUGAGGAGCAGCUGCGAACUAUCUUUGGGAAUAUCGAAGACAUCUACCGCUGCCAGAAGGCGUUCGUGAAGGCCCUGGAGCAGAAGUUCAACCAAGAGCGCCCACACCUGAGCGAGCUGGGAGCCUGCUUUCUGGAACAUCAAGCAGACUUCCAGAUCUACUCUGAGUACUGCAACAACCACCCCAACGCCUGUGUGGAGCUCUCCCGACUCACCAAGCUCAGCAAGUAUGUGUACUUCUUCGAGGCCUGCAGGCUGCUGCAAAAGAUGAUCGACAUCUCCCUAGAUGGCUUUCUGCUGACCCCGGUGCAAAAGAUCUGCAAGUACCCCCUCCAGCUGGCAGAGCUGCUCAAGUACACACACCCCCAGCACAGGGACUUCAAGGAUGUCGAAGCUGCUUUGCAUGCCAUGAAGAAUGUGGCCCAGCUCAUCAAUGAACGGAAACGGAGACUUGAAAACAUAGACAAGAUUGCUCAGUGGCAGAGCUCCAUAGAGGACUGGGAGGGGGAAGAUCUCUUGGUCAGGAGCUCGGAGCUCAUCUACUCGGGGGAACUGACCCGUGUUACACAUCCUCAAGCCAAGAGUCAGCAGAGAAUGUUUUUUCUCUUUGACCGUCAGCUCAUCUACUGUAAGAAGGACCUGCUCCGCCGGGAUGUGCUGUACUACAAGGGCCGGCUAGACAUGGACAGCCUGGAGGUAGUGGACGUGGAGGAUGGGAAGGACAGAGACUUCCAUGUGAGCGUCAAGAAUGCCUUCCGUCUGUACUGUGGUGCCUCGGGGGACAGCCAGCUACUGUGUGCCAGGAAACCAGAGCAGAAGCAGCGCUGGCUGAAGGCCUUUGCCAGGGAGAGGGAGCAGGUGCGGCUGGACCAGGAGACAGGUUUCUCCAUAACUGAACUGCAGAGGAAGCAGGCCAUGCUGAACGCCAGCAAGCAGCAGGCCACAGGGAAGCCUAAAGCUGUUGGCAGGCCAGGCUACCUGAUCCGCCACAAGCACCCAGCACUGCCUGCCAGCCGGCCUCAACAGCAAGUGUUGGUGUUAGCAGAGCCCGCGGAAGCCAUCUACCUUCUGGCACAGCAUCAGCCGGCUGGCCCCCUUCCGCAAGUAAGCCAGCACCUACCAGACAACCUGAUGGCACUUUGUGGACCUGCCUAUCUGCAGCCCCAGCCUUCCCUCCCUGAGGCCUACUCUAUCUGGCCCUCUGCUUAUUUUGCAAACCUGGAAGCGAUUAGGGUACAGCACCAGAGCUGAACCAGGUCUGGGCCCGGUCUCUGACCUCUUCCCCACUGCUAGUGCAGUGUUGCAUGGGCACCAACACUCGGGACCUGCACAGGGCCUCCAAUGAUGGUAAGCCUGCAAGCCACAGCUCAGAACCACUGGCCAGGCUGAUGUGUACAAGGCUCAGCUGCUCUGGACACUCUUUUGGAAACUUCCUCAUCUCCACUCCUGUUUCCUUUGGGCAGGAGACAUACUGUGUGGCCAUGAACCACCUGCAAAGGCAGGUGUGUGCCCCUCUGCUCUCCAUUUGUCCUUUCAGGCUCCCAGCCCUGCUGGUGACACCAGGCCACUUGCAACCCCAGAGAGCAGGAACCAGGAAUUCUGCAUCCAAAUCUUUGGCCCAUAGUCGCCCUUAUUCCUCCCAGCCCCUCUAGACGCUGCUGGCUGCUGGAUAUCCUUCACUUAUGAUAUAUGCAGUGAGAACAAAAUCAUACAGCCAGCCAUGUACCUGGGCUGGGCUCUGACAGUCCACUGGGUGGCCACACACAUACCUGGUUCCUGUUCUUUAUGAUUUUGUCCUGUUGUUUUAACAAUGGCGAAAAGGAAUUGUUAAUGACACAAGAAAGAUUGCCUUACCCUCAUGAGCGUGAGAAGCCAUAAGGACUGAAUUCUAUGGCCUAGCGUGGACUGACCCCCUACCCUCAGGUGUGGGGUGUGCAGCCUGGGCCUGCAUGUCAGUGUGGAGCCCACAGGAUCCAGCAGCAUGGACAAUCGCUCUUGCACUACACCUUCUCUAAGCCAGAAACCACAUUUAAUUUUCAUAAAGAAAUGUGAAAAGUAUCGUGGCUACCUGCCAGCUUUCUGUUUUGGGGGGGAUGGUGUGUGUGUGUGUGUGUGUGUGGUUCCUCUUCCCCAUGCCAGCCAUCCCUCCAGGGCCUGGUAACCUGCCUCUGCCCUCAAAUUCUCCUCUGAUCUCAGCCUGGGGGAAGGGUGCUCACUAGGCCACUGGCUCAGUGCUAUAGACACCUAGGGGAGAGGGGAGGACAGCAGUGGAAGGAAAACAGGCCAGGAGCCAUGGUAUGACAAGUGGGCACACCAACUGCCCUUUUCCACCUCCUAGGAGACUGGUGGUCUGUUCCUAGAGUAUCCAGCUGAAACUGGGUUUAAGGGAUGGGGGUCACUGAGGUUUACAGGUCUCAGUGUAGCCUCCCUCCCUGCACCAUUUGAAAAGACCCUCCCCCCACCCACUCCUGCAACUUACUCCAGCAGCCCAUCCUCCAAAGCCAAGUGAGGGCUAUACACCAUGGCCACUCUCCAGCCCACUGGAACCUCCUGACUUGGGAGAAGCUCCAACAACAUGCCAGUCAGGCUGUGACCUCUAACAAAACUCACAUGGAAAAAUCAUGAAAACCAGAAUAUGCAACACAAGUCAAUCUUUAUUGAAAACUGCAGUAUUAAUACAUAACAAUUCUUGUUACAAUAAACGUGCUUUGAAGGAUUUUAAAUCUGAGCUCAUCUACUCAUCAGAUUGCAUAAAAAAUUAAAAUAGUAUGAAUUUACACCUAAUUGAACUGGCUCAGGAUGGGUGGUCCAUCCAUUCCUUUGUAUUGACACAUAGGUUCAAUGCAGAGGUGAGGGGUGCCUUUUAACACUGGAAGACAAUGCUGACUUAAGCUUUAAAAAGUACCAAGAGAACAGUGUAAAAAAAAGUAUUUAAAAAAACAAGUAAAAAAAAAAAAAAGAACCCCAAAACAACACCCCCUCCCACCACGCUUUUCCUAUCCAGUCACAACACAUCAAGCUCCUUGGGGCCUUUCUUCCAAGUAGCUGUUAACAGUACCCUGCUGGGAACCAGGCCACAAUCUGGCCCAGCUAGUCUAAUCCACUUCCCAGUCUGCAUCAGGCCCACCCACUUCCCAGGGAGCUGCCUGCCUGUCAUGUAGAACUACUGCGGUCCUGAACAGAAAAGCUGCUUCCAUCUCCCCAUCCCACCUGACAACUUUUAGUCCCAUGUACUCUAAUAAGGUUUAUUUCACAGGUUUUGUUUUCCAAAUGAACAAGAGUGGGAAGAAAGGAAUCCUCUAAAUCGGGCUGUUCCUACAAAGACCAAGUCCUCCCCUCGGGGUACCACUGCAUGACAUUUAGAAGGCUCAAACAGGAAGGAGUAGUACACAGCUCAGAUGAAGUAACAUAGACAUGGAAGCGGUGCUCAAUCACUAAGCUAGCUGCACUCCUACCUUCCAGAAAUUCCUCAGAAAGCACCAGAAAAAAGGACCAGUAGCUGACCCAACUGCUACUGUACCCAUGGGAGGUCCUGCACCAUCCAGCAGUGCCCAGUGGACAAACCACAGAUGUUAGCUGCUGAAUGAGAGAAGGUGGCCCCACCAUCAGAGUAAUACUAUAUUCCAAUGUUCAGAAAGGACAGGCGAGGAAAUCUGGACUUCUCUGUAAAGUAGCCUCAGUAUUUAAGGCUGGUUAUAUGCUAGCCUCUCACAACCA